CUAUGCACGCAGAAAUUACGGUACACGCGCGAGGGUACGGUAUGUUGACAUUUCUGACAAGGCAUAACUCAGUUCGGAGUGAAAGAUCUUACGAGAAUGGCUUCAGGGUCGACAGAUUUACGUUUCAAGCUCGACUCUCAUCAUCGUCGGAGUCACCACAAGCAGAAUCGUCGACUGCCAAGCAGCGAUGACUCCGAUUUUACAUUUACAUCGCGGCGAAAGAGACGACGACGUGACCGCUACCAUCAGUGGCAGUCGAAAUCAUUCGAAGAUGAAAUGGAGGAAGUGAAGAAGAUUCACUCCGGUGUGUCUCAGAUUCAACUUUUCACUGAAGAAGAAUGCAGCGAGAUCGAGGAUAAAAUCAACGAGGUCGUGGACAUCGCCGCAAAGGGACUCUACCGAGAUCAUACAGUCGAUCGAGCUCCCCUUCGCAACAAGUACUUUUUUGGAGAGGGCUACACUUACGGCUCGCAGCUGACCAAGAAGGGACCGGGACAGGAACGACUGUACCCGCGAGGUGAAGUGGAUGACAUACCGCAGUGGGUCGAGGAGCUUGUCAUCAGCAGGGUUGUUGAAGCAGGAUUGAUUCCUCAUGGAUUCAUCAACAGUGCUGUCAUCAACGACUACCAGCCUGGAGGUUGCAUCGUCUCUCAUGUUGAUCCAAUCCACAUCUUUGACAGGCCUAUCAUCUCGGUGUCGUUCCUCAGUGACUGUGCCCUAAGUUUUGGCUGCAAGUUCUCCUUCAGGCCGAUCAGGGUGUCUAAACCCAAGGCCUGCAUCCCCCUGCCCAGAGGAUGUGUUAUGACUCUCAGUGGAUAUGCUGCCGAUGAAGUCACUCAUUGUAUCAGACCGCAAGAUGUCACAUCAAGGAGGGCUGUUAUCAUUCUCAGACGAGUUUUUCCAGAAGCCCCGAGACUGGAGCCUGUUAGUUUAUCCUCUCCCAAACCUGUAUCAUUAUCAUCCAGCAAUGAUGCUAAAAAACAUGGACAUGAAAAACAUGAUAAAAAGGAUGAAAAAGCAUCCUCAUCUCAUUCACGGCAUCAUCGGCAUCACCACCACCAUCACCAUAGCAACCAUGGGAAGGAGGAUGCUGAUGAGAGCAAGGGUAAGGUGAAGUCCUCGAUAGCAGUGGUUGGAACCGGAGAUGGGGCAACACCCUCAAAUGGGGUUGAAGGUCAUCCCAGCGGGCUGGAAGAUGAUGAUGAGAAGAGAAAGGGUGCGUCUAGGCGGUCUCCAAGGAAAGGGUCAUCCCUUCGGCGGUCACAGGGGGAUGAGGCAAGUCAUGAUCAUAGGAAUGACAAAAACAGAAAUGGACAUAGUAAGCCUCGGAAGAGACCAGCAGAGGAAAGAGAUGAGGAUGACAGGGAUGCUAGCAUCAGCCAUCACCAUGGCAACAAGAAAGUCAAGAUCAACAGGCAUCCACCCGCUGUUUGAAUUCAAAGAUUAUUGAAAGUGGAAUUGAACUAACACCAGGCAAGAGAGAGUUUAAUGUGAUGUUCAAAGUACCUAUCUGAGUUUUAUUUCCUGUUUUACACGUUGGUACUGUGCAUUAUCUGAGAAAGGACGGAUUUAUUCAUAUUGAAAUAAUGCAUGUAUCUAAAAGUAUGGGCUAUUUACACAAGAAAGGCUAGUUGUUUUGCAUAAUUCAUUUAUUUUCAAUGUAUGGCUUCCGCUUGACAACCGAAGCAAACUGUACCACCAAUUCAGAUCUCCACAAUGAGGAAUCUAUCAAAUUUACAAAUGUUCAGUGGUAUUGGAAGUUACUGAAUUUGCCAUACAUGAACAAAGAAAACUUGCGUUCAUUUACAAAGGACUUCUUUCCAUUCUUUUGUUGUUAAAUGAUAUCGUUUUGACCAUUACAUGUACAUAUGAGACAUAACACUCAGUCAUUGCUUCAUAGUUUACAUUUUUUCUCGUAGAAUCCAUUGACAAUACAGUCCAGCCUUCAUUUUUUCGAGAUUAACACUAUAAUCUCCAUUGAAAAGGAAAUUUAGAAAUGAAUCCGGAACAUGCAUUCAAAUGGAUGCUUAAAAAUAUGAAUUGGUAUUCAGACCUUUGUAAAUUGUCUGUGAUCCCAGGCAGACGUUCUUUGAGCUUCAUUUUGAUUUUUAAGUAUAAUAUUGGUCACUAUUAUGUUUAUAGUCAAUGGAGAUUUUUUUUUCUUCAGCUUCAAAUUGACAAUUAUAUACAAUGUAAUUCACUGAUAUUCAUAUUAAUAUUUGUGUUUGUAAAAUAUUAGAAAGAGGCCAUAUCCCACACUGAGUUAAAGUGAAAAACAUGAAAAUGACACCUCAAAAGUGCUUUUUUUAAUCUAUGUAUUUUACAAUAUUUUAGUGUGGAAGAAGCAACCUUUUUAAACACUUUACAUACAUUUAUAUGAAAUAUAUUAUUAUUAUCAUCAAAUAUGAACAAAUUCUAAUAAAUUAGGAUGUAACUCACUCAUCAGAUAGUUUAACAUGAAAUGGAACUAGAUCUCUUGAGAGAAAGUUAGGUAUUGAAUCAUUUCUUUCCUUCUGUAGUAUAUUUUUCUUUUUUUUAAAUCUAAGUUGUCUAACCCAUAUUUAUAACAUCUGAAAUAAAAGUGUAUUAUGUGGAAACAUUUACUGAGGAAAGAACCUUUACCAAGAUUUUUUUUUUUUUUAGGGGGGGGGCUAACAUUUAAAUAACAAAAAUUGUGUGGCAUGUUGAAUAUUCUUUUAUGCAUCUUUGUCUUAUAUCAGUAACCUUGCUUUGCUCUUGAAAUUACUUCAAGAACAUUGAGGAGAGUAAUCCAUUUGAAGAUCGAGUUGAUAAAUCUUCUAUUUUUUGAUGGAACUACUUGUGAAACCAGGUCUAUGGUAAUCCUGCAGAUUCUUUGUUCGAAUCAUCAUACCUAACUUUGUACUUCAUUGCUUGUUCAUUCAAUAUAAAUCAAAAUUGUGCACGUAAUGUAACUCAGUUUGGGGUGGUCGAUAUAUCACUUUUGCCAUCCAGGUACAGUUUAUACACAUUUGGUUCCACAAUACUUUCUUUGACCUCUGAUAACUUCUUUCAAGAGUAUUUAAUGUCAUUGGUGUUUGUUUGUGGAUUAACAGAAUAUUCUCUAGUCUUCCUGCGUGCAUUGUACAGUGUAAGCGCCUUCAUGGUAGAAUUAAAAUUUUACAUGCAUGAAACAUCAUGGCCUGCAGUGACCCAUAAUUAUUCAUUCAGCUAUAGGACUGUAUCUCACUUUUUGAGAAAAGAAAAUAUUGUACUCAUUGAAAUUUCAUAUGUAUGCUAAUUUUGUAAUUAGUGCAAACUUUGUAUUUAACUGCUUAUGAAAUUAAAAGAUCAAAACUUGCAGAAAAGGUAGUCUAUUUCAUAAUCAUACAAUAAUCAUCUGAAUAAGAUCGAUGUCUGAUGACUUUUUGUUUGUUUGUAUGUAGACCAUCUAGAAGAGAAUGGAGAAAAGUUUCAAGUUGUAAAGAAAACGUUUUUAAUGUGUGAAAAAUUGUAAUCUAUGUAAUAUCACGCAUUUACAAUGCCUUCAUAUGCCUAUGGUCCUUUAUAAUCUUUUCAUGCAUGUACCUGUGCACCGAUCUAUAUAAUGGGCUAUGAACUUAUUGUUAUUUCUAAGGUAUAAGCAUUACUGCCUGUUUUUUGGGUGAUUCUAAGCAUAAUCAUUUUUGCCAGUUUUCCAUAAUCCACUGUGUUUGGUUAACUUGAAAUAUCACAGAUCUUACUAGAUUAUGCUUAUAGAAAGCAGAUUUCCUGGUUUGUUUUUAGCUCUUUUCUUUGAUUAUUGCUCUUUGGACUACAUAAGUUUGGCUUUAAAUUGCUGUUGUAGUGGUUUAGGAGAGGAAUUAGUUGGUUUCUGGUUUCAUACCCAUCAACUAAGCACUUCUACUGCUAUAUAGUCCUUCUCUAUAGAAAUAGAAUAGUGUGCAUCGAUAAAGAAUAGAAUUUAAAAUAAGCUUACCCUUGCUUACAAUAUGUCUGAUACGGAUAGUAUGGAAUUUAAACCAUUCAAGCUAUUAAACUGUGUAAUAUAAAUUUGAUCUGGCAGCUAUGCAUGCAAAUUGGAUAUUUAAACAUGUCACUUGAUAUUCUAAUUUAAAUGAGAGGAAAAUAAGAAAGCAAAUAUAGAGGAGCAUGUUUAGGACUUUCCCAGUAUUCCCAGACUUCCCUGUUUCACUAUUGUCAGCACUAGUACCAGCUCAACUUGAAACACUAGUUCAAAAUGUAAACUGGAACUAAAUCCUUAGGUCUCACAGACCACAAUUCUAUUUUGUAUCUAGACCACUGUAACCCUAUUUCAAAAUUACUAAUUGAUUUGCUAGGAGCAAUUUAUUAUUGAUUGUUCGCAUUUAUUAUUGAUAAUUGUUUAACACACACAACAUAGAACAAAGCUAUCUGUUGAUUAUUUUCACCUGAUUUGCCUGCUUGGUAUGAUAAAAUAAGUAAUUAUUAUACUUACGUUAAAUGAAUAUUGAUGUAACGCAAUAGACAUGGAUGAGUUUUAUAUGUUUUAAUACAAUAAUGAAGCAAACUUGUAUAAGUGUUUCAUGAUAUAUAAAGAUUGAAAUGUUAUUGCUUGUCAGAUGAGAUUUAAAUCUUAAAGAUUUAGAUUUCUAGAUGCCUGUUUCUUGUUCAUGUUGAAUUGUAUUUUCACAUUGUAUAUUUUCAUAUUAUCAUCAAAGCAAGAAAUAUGUUUGUCAUUAUUUGUUUUGAGAAGCUAUGAAGUUUUGAAGCAAAGCUUUUAUUGAGAGACACCAUUAAAGAAAGUCUUUAUUAGUUUAA